UUGUUCAAAAGUCUGGAAUCACCUGUCAUAUUUGAUGACAGGAAGAGAAGCAGUUGUAACCAUUUUCUCUCAAUUACACUUAAAUUUGAAUUGACUUUUCAGUCCCUAAAAGCCUGAGUGACCUGACAUAAUUAUUGAACUCAAUACUUUAGGAACCCACUUUUUUGAAUAGGUCAUUUGUCAGUUCAUAGUAUAUUGAGCUGAUAUUCAUUGAUCCAAAUCCAAUGGCGCUAACACUAGACUAACUUUCCAUUAGUAAUUUUGGAGGUUCAUUCCAGCUUGUUAUAGGCAUCACUGGGCACUUUUCACAUAAAAAGGGAACCUGUUCCUGUUUCAACUUGUGCACAUUUUGAUGCCAAACUUCCAGUUUCUUUUACCAGCAACCUCUGAUUUCUUACAAUCUUAUUUAACUGGUAUUUUGAAACAUUUUGCAUAGUUUUGUUCUCCAUGUACAUACCAUAAAUGUUUCUGCAAACCCUUCAUACAAAACAGCAAUUAUUUGUAAAGAGAACUUUCUUCAAAUUAAUAGUCUGAAAGAUCAUUCUGAAACACUGAGUGGUUCUCUCAGCUACCAAAUCAACCUUCGGUGGCAGUCAUUUAAGAUAAGAUAAGAUAAUCCUUUAUUAGUCCCAUUACUGGGAAAUUACAGUGUUACAGCAGCAACAGAAUAUAGAGGGUGCAAAACAUGCAAUAAUAAGGGAAGGAUGAGCAUUCAAAAAGAAUAAAAAGAAUAAAUACACAGGAAACAAAUACCUGCAGCUGUACACAUUUCCGGACUUUUGAAAGGUAGUGUACGUAAUUAAAGUUUAACAAACAGUUUAAAGCAGGAUAUUAAGAGGAAAAAACAUUUGGUGGGAUUUCAUGAAUGGUCAUACUUCAUCAUACUGGGAAGGGAGGAUGUCCAUAUUUCAUGUUAAUUUUCACAUGUCUGACUUUUUUCCUUUUUUUUUUUCCUUUUGUCUUUGUCAUCACAGCCGCCCAAGAGGAACCGACAAACGAGCCACAGGUGGAGGAAGAAGAAUCUCCGGGAUCUGAGUCAGACGGAGAGGGAGAAAGGCGUCCAAAGGGGAAGAAGGAAAAGAAAAAAGGUGGACAAGGACGUGGAGAAGAAAUGAGAGGAAGCCAUGGUGGUGGUCGUGGAGGUCAUGGAGGUCAUCAUGGAGGUCAUCAUGGAGGUCAUGGAGGUCAUGGUGGUGGUCGUGGGGGCAAAUCAUGAAGAAAUCUGUGAAUUGCCAUUCAGUGACAAUGAUUGCAAAGAAUUAAAGAAUUGAAGACAUUUUUAAUAGUCCAAUAAACUUGAGAAAAAAAAGGCAAGAC